AUGAUGAGUUUAUCAGGGGCAUCGAUGAUACAAGCGAGGCUUCACCAGAUAAUCCGUUUCAACUACCGCCCAGGAAUCCUGCGCGCUUGGGUGGAAAGGUUAUUCAGACACUACCACCGCUGCCCGAGAUCAUGGUGA